AUGGUCACACUAUUAAUACUCAGCUUGGUGAUAGUGCACAAGAGCCUUAUCAGAGAAGACCUCAGGGACUACAGAUGCCACGUGGGAAGCGCCUGGGCAGCCGGCCGCGUGCGAAACCUGGAUGUCUUCCUGCAAGCCCCUGGGAUAGCUGAAACCAGAGGGACAUUAAGCAGAAACCGUAAAGUCACAUUUCUGAAAUGCUUUAGUCAUCAAAGCUCUGUGCAAGUAAAUCUGCUGCAGCUGGAGAAGAUGCACGGAGAUCUGACAGAGUGGGUAGCAGAGGGCUGCACUGUGGAGAGCCUGCAGGUCGUCCCCAGCACAGCCGGGGGAACCAACCGCACCUGUGUGUUACAGACAUCCACGAGAAGGCAGUUCCGUAGAAGAUUUAUUUUCAGAAGCAAAGUCUUUCUGGCAGUGAUUUCGAAUCACACCGUAACAGCAACACCACUCAAGCAGGAAGUGUUUUCCAAUGGCUCAUCUACCCCACGUGUGCACCCAGAGCAGCAGACCUCCCCAGAGAGAAUUCCAUCCACAAAUGGCAAACAUUUGCCGAUCAGACAAAAUAUAGGUAUCAUCAUGAAAGCGUUCAUCGUUUGCAUCCUGUUAGCUCCCAUGAUAUGCUACAUCAUAUGUUUCAUACAUGAAAUAAGCCACUUGUGCUCGUGCCGUGACCGGAUCGGCAGCAGAUGGAGCAGCAAAUGCAUAUCUGCAGCCUCCAUGCCAGCGGAUCGCCAGUCAGGAACACUCUCAGCCCAGCUACCUGAGAACAGAAAGGAGAAGUCAGUGCUGUGUUUUGCCUGACUCUCAGAAUCCCUUCCACAGAUCCUUACAUGAGAAGAUCCCAAAUUGUUGUUAUCCACAAAACCUACUUACGAAAUGCAGGCUUUAGCGAAACACCCUUUUACCAACAAAAAAUGCAUCAUCUUCCUCCUCA